AUGAAUUGGAGGAAAACAAAAGUGUUCAAAAGUUUUACAAUUUAAGGAGCUCUCAUAGAAUCAUUGUACGAUGGCUCAUCUAAGUAACUAGUAUUAUACGAUACUCAAAAUAUCAAAAUAUAUGGUGUAGGAGAUUCUGAAAUUAAAUUUUAUGACAAAAUUUAACUUUUCACCCAAAUAAAGAAAAUUGUGUGUUUAUCUUCAUUCAACCACAAAUAUCUUGUUGUUUAAAAUGCUUAAGGCUAAAUUUCAGCAAUUUCUGUCUAAUAUCCAUAUGAUCAUAAAUUAGUUGUUCUACCUGAACACUUCACUUCUGAUUCAUCAUUAUUAACAUCAUAAAAUAGAUCAUGCAUUAUUGUGCAAUUUCAAAAUGAAAUAUUAAUUUUUGAGUUAAAUUAAAAAUAAGAAUUUGUGUCUCAUUCACUUAGUAUUAAAAAUUAAGAAGUAAAAUAAAUUGACGCAAGUUUAGAUGACACUCUCCACAUUAUGUGUUAAUAAUAUGAAUAGCUUAAAGAAAAUUAGAUGAUUGCUAAUAUAGAGAGUACAAUCUUUUAUUGCAAAAUGCAUUAUAAGGAAAAAGGAUUGUAAAAUUAUAAAUUUAAAUUUAUUAUACUACAAAUAAUUGCUUUAGAAAUGGAGGAUAUACUAGCUUUGACAUAAAAUGAGAUACUUUGUUUAAAAAAUGGUAAAACUCAUUUAGCUAUACCUGCUUAAGUAAAUAGUUUCACUACUUUUAUGAAAUUAAAUUAAGUAAAUAACCAAUUGUUUUUGUGCAAUCCAGCCAUCAUUGAGAUAAUUGAAAUCAGAUUUGAUGAUUUUAAUUAAAUAAUGAAUAUGGUAAGACUCUAAACUGUUUACAUAUCAUUAAUUGAUAUUGUGAUUGCAGAUAAUUUGGUAUGGAUUCAAACAGAAACAUCUGGAACUCUUAAUCAAAUGAAUACUAUUAGAAUACCUUCAAUUUCAGAUCUUGAUCCUUCGGCUAUUAAAAAGGUAAAACUAGAAGAUAAUGAUUAAUUAUUCAAAGCAUUGGGAGUAUUUUAGACAUUUAAUAAAAUUUUCAAUUUUACUGUUGUAGGUAAUUCACUUUACAUUUUAUCUGGAAAUGCAGCAUCUUCAUAAAUUUAUAAAUUAUAGCAUGAACUCACUCCAGCAAUUACUACGGUUUCAUUAAAAAUUAAAACUGGAAUAAAUGAAUAAAAAUUUCCUUUAUUUUUUGAAAAUCACAUAGGAUUUAUAAGUGAAUAGAAAUAAUUAACAUUUUCAAAGAUUUUAAAAGAUGGAAAUUUUUAAUUAGUUGACAAUAUUUAGAUACCCGAAUUUUAGGAUGUAUUUUCUAAUGGUACAAUUAAUGCUAAUUGCUUUUAUGUUUAAUUUGAUACUUAUUUAUGGUUUAUCUAAACAAAUCCACUCUGUUAAUUCUCUAGACAAUAUGAUAUUCGUUAAGUGAAAUAAUUAAUGAAUUAUUUUGUAGGAUUUGAUGAAUAAAAAAGUCUUAUUGUAACUUAUCUAAAUGAUAAAUCUUUAAUUAGUCAAAAAAUAAAUUCAAAUUAAAUUGUAUCAUUUGAUUUGGCAUAAUAAGAAAAUGAUAUACUUAUUCUCUUGAUUGAAAUAGGAAAAUUAUAAAUAUUUUCAGUAAAAUUUAUUUAACAAUAAAUAUAAAUUCAACUCUAAUUUAUAACAAAUGAAUUUAUGGGUAAUUUAUGUGCUAUUUCAAAUACUCCAGAAUUAUAUUUUGGAUAAAAUGCUUGUUUUACUUGUCCUUCUGUUGCUAUAAAAUGUUAAUCAAUAGAAAAUGAAGAUAUUAUAAAUUCAUAUUUAGUGAAUUUUAAUAAAAAUAAAGGUAUGGGAAUAGUAUUUAUAACAUCAUCUGGAAAGGUUUCAAUUUAUUCUCAAAUAAGAAAUAAUUCAAAUUAGAUUAAAAUAUUUAAGUUAAUAUUUUCUUAUCAAUCGAAUAAUGUAUCAUUAAAAUCUUAAAAAUUUCAUUAUGUUGGUUCAUCAAAUUUUUAGUAGUACAUAUUUCCAGGAUUAAACUUAACAUUAUCAGAAAGUUUAGGUGAGAUCUUAAUCCAUUUUAUCAAAUAAGAAGAUCAAUAUGAUUAAGUUCUAUUGGUCUAGUAAAGUAAUAAAAAUAUUUAUAAUAUAGAUGCUAUAAUAAUGGGAAAAUCAGGUAGUUGUUACAAUUUUCCUUAGUUAUAGAGAAGUAAUCUUCCUUGUAACAAUAUAAUAAUAAAUCCUGUAUUAAAAGAUAGAAGUACAGCAGUUAUGAUGCAUAGUUUUAGUGUAAUUAAAUUGAAUAAUUUUUGAUAGUUUCAUUCAAAUGAAUAUUUGUUAGUGAUUAAUAAGGCUUAAAAUAGAAGAACAAAUUAGAAUUAACUCAAGAACGAAGUGUUUGUUUAUAGAUCAGAUAAUUUGAACGAUCCAUUUGCUUAAUAUGAUUAAUUAGAUAAUGAAGAAAUCAUAAAGGCAUAAUUUCUUUAGGGAAUGGAUCUAAUUUUAAUAAUGACAUUGGUGAAUUCACAAUUAACAAGAGAUUAUCCAAAUACUAAAUUACAUAUAUUAAAAUUGGAUUAAUAUUAAAAGAUUACAGAAUAACAAUAAUCCAGAUUAUUUAAAGAAGCUGUUCCAUGUGAUUUUGUAGUGAUGCCACCUAAAUUAGCACUUGUUUUUAUGUAAGAUUAAUUAAAAUAUAUUGAUUUACAUGUUGGUUAAAGUGCAAUAGGAUUUUAAUUAACUCCAGAUUCUUUAAGAGGAGAAAUUGUACAAAUUUAAAUUGAGGCUGUAUCUGUUGUUGAUAGAUGGAUUGCAGUAUUAAAUGGAGGUUUUAAAGUUGUAAUUUGUAAAUUUGAAGAAGACAAUUCUUAACCAAAAGUAGAUUGGUCAACUGAAUUUGGUGUUUAAAGAGUAGUAGAUAUCUAAUUGUUAAAAAAUGAAUAUUAAAAACCUUUACUUGUGCUUUUAGAUUAAGAAAAUACUAUAUAAAUAUAUUCAAUAACAUAUAAAGUAUAAAUAUAAUUAAAAUAGACUAAAAUUAAAAAAAUAGCUGAUUGUUAGAUCAUGAAUCCAUGUAGAAUGUUGAGUAUAACAAAUAGUAAUAUCAAUAAAUAUUGAUAGAAUUAAUAAUCUCCUCUUUAGAUGGGAGUAUGACAAUGUUUGAUUAAAUAGACGAUGAAUCCUAGGCUAAUAAAUUCAAAACUCUUGUUUCAGAUUUACCCUAUAUAGGUGGAUUUUAACCUAGUAAUUUCUUAUGUAUCAAUAUGAAUUAUAUAUUUAGAUGCCAAAUCAACAAAUGGAAAAGGGAGUGUUUGGGAUUUUGAAUUAAAUGAUUUAUUCAAUUAAUUAUCAUUUGGAAUCUAGAGAGUAGUAAAGAGUAGAUAUAUGUAUAACCCUUUUGAAUGA